AUGAAGUUGACAGUCAAAACUCUGAAAGGAGGAAAGUUCCAAGUGGACUGUGAACCGUCCAAGACGGUUGCAGAAACCAAAGUAAUAAUCGAAGCAGCACAGUCGGAUUUGUCCGCUGCCAAUAUGAAGCUUAUUCAUUCUGGAAAAGUAUUGAAAGAUGAUCAAACCAUUGAAAGUUGUGGAAUCAAGCAGAACGAUUUCUUGGUGGUCAUGAUGACAAAACCCAAAAAGGCAGCUGCAGCACCCUCUCCAACGCCUGCUGCAGCUGCUGCUCCGGCACCUGCUGCCCCCAAAACACCCGCAGCCGCAGAAAGCAAACCAGCCGCUGCCACUCCCAAACCCGCCGAAACCCCUGCACCAGCUCCUGCCCCAACAUCAGCACCAGCUGCUCCAACAAGAGCUGCCGAUGCAGAAUUUCCCUCCGAAAUUGUCAACAAUCUCACUACGAUGGGCUUUCCAGAGGCAGAAGUUCGCCAUUGUCUCCGUGCUGCCAACGGAAACCCUGAUAUCGCUGUUGAGUUUCUUACCAAUGGAAUUCCACCAGGCAUGCAGCCAUCGGAACAAGCUGCAGCAGCUUCGCCACGAGCUGGAUCAUCGAGUGGUGGAGGUCCACUAACUGCCUUGAGAAAUCACCCACAAUUCAAUGAUCUACGACGCUUGGUGCAGUCGAAUCCCCAAAUGCUGCAAACUGUUUUAACCCAAAUUGGACAACAACAACCAGAACUUCUUGCUGAGAUCAACGCAAACCAAGAGGCCUUCUUGGCACUAAUGAAUGAACCAAUCACGGAAUCAUCAUCUUCUCCCUCGGCACCUGCUCCAGCUCCAUCUUCUUCUUCAGCUCCAUCUGGUGCUGGAGGUGGUUUCCCAGCUGAUCUUUUGGAUGGCAUGGCAAACCCCGCACAAAUGGCACAAAUGUUACAAGACAUGAGCCCCAACGAUCUGAAUGAAAUGGCUGCCAUGAUGGGUCUAUCUCCCGAACAACUUAGAGCUACAGCACAAAUGCUUGGGCAAAUUCCACCAGAACAGCUACAACAAUACAUGAUGCAAGCGGCUCAAGGAGGAGGUUUUGGCGGUGGUGGCGGCGGCGGCGGCGGCGGUCAACAAGUCUUGAGACUGAGCGAAGAAGAAAUGGCAGCAGUCGAUCGUUUAACAGAAAUGGGUUUUGACCGAACCGAAGCGGCACAAGCUUUUUUGGCCUGUGACAAGAACGAAGCCUUGGCAGCCAAUCUGCUGAUGGAUUCCAUGGGAGAUGGAGGAUUUGGAUUCGGAGGAGGAGGAGGCGGCAAUGACCAAGGGAACAAUGGCGGUGGCAAUGAUGAUGGUGACGACAAUAUGUAUGACUGA